CAAAUACGCCUUUAUCAAUCAAAAGCUAAUAACGAAUUUUUGUUAAAACAUCAAAGUCAACGCUUAAAGUAAAAGCAAUAACAGCGGCAAGAAAAAUCGACCAAUCUGCCAACAAGUAAAAGUACUAAAAUACCAAAAUCAUCGAAAGUAACAAAUUAAAUUUGGUUUUAGCCAUAAAAAGCAAAAGAGGAGAGGAGGGAAAAGGCCGAAAAGAAACAAAGGAAAAUAAAGAGAAAGAGGCGCCAGAGGAGCAGGUGAAACAGGUGGACGCAGGAGAUUCACCCACCCAGAAACCAUCAUCGCCAGCAGGUGACAGCCAAGCAGAAAGUCAGCACAAACAUGUCAAGUGAUUCGAGUCGAAAGAUCCAGGUGCCCGAUGAGCUGAAGGAGGUGCUGUUGCAGUUCUCGAUCUCCUUCCUGGUGGAACAGCCACCGGAUGUGAUCGACUACGCCGUGGAUUACUUCACCAAACUGCAGUCCGAACGUCCGAGCGGAGGCCACACAGACAUAAGUACCGAUGACCAACUGAGCGUCAACUCACAGGAUGCCGAUGCGGAACCACCAAUGGUGGCCAGCUCGCGCCGCAAAUCAGUUUUCGCCGAGGCCUACGAUCCGGAGGCGGAUGACGACGACGAUGGUGCCACCGCCGUGUUCCCCAAGACAGACGAACAGCGGGCCCGACUGGUGGAGUCGGUGAAGAACGUCCUCCUCUUCCGAUCCCUCGAAAAGGAGCAGAUGAACCAAGUCCUGGAUGCCAUGUUCGAGCGGAAGGUUCAGCCGGGCGACUAUAUCAUCCGCCAGGGCGACGACGGCGAUAACUUUUAUGUUAUUGAAUCUGGCGUCUACAAAGUCUAUAUUAAUGACAAGCACAUUAACACCUACAAUCACACUGGACUUUUCGGUGAAUUAGCGCUGCUCUACAACAUGCCCAGAGCGGCCACCGUGCAGGCGGAAACAAAUGGUCUACUUUGGGCCAUGGAUCGCCAGACCUUCCGACGCAUCCUGUUGAAGUCGGCCUUCAGGAAGAGGAAAAUGUACGAGGAGCUGUUGAACAGCGUGCCCAUGCUGAAGGCCUUGCAGAACUACGAACGCAUGAAUCUGGCGGAUGCUUUGGUUUCAAAGAGCUACGACAAUGGCGAGCGCAUCAUCAAGCAGGGCGAUGCCGCCGAUGGCAUGUACUUCAUCGAGGAGGGCACCGUGUCCGUGCGCAUGGACCAGGACGACACCGAGGUGGAGAUCUCGCAGCUGGGCAAGGGCCAGUACUUUGGCGAGCUGGCGCUGGUGACACAUCGACCCCGAGCCGCCUCCGUCUACGCCACGGGCGGAGUUGUCAAGCUAGCAUUCCUCGAUGUCAAGGCAUUUGAGCGUUUGCUGGGUCCCUGCAUGGAUAUUAUGAAGCGCAACAUUGACGACUACGAGUCACAGUUGGUAAAGAUAUUUGGCAGCAAAAACAAUAUCACCGAUACACGAUAAAAAGUCUGAACAACCAAACAACAAAAACCACCAUCAGCAGCUACAACAAACAGCUAUAAACAACUAUAACUGAAAAGUAAAGGUCACUUGCAGGCUUCUUAGGAUUUUAUUUUGUAACCAUGUUUCUUUAAAAUUGAGCAAUACCACAGACAGCAAGAAAACAGCAUAACACAAGAACCCACGAGAAAGCACAGAUACCAAACAAACACACAAGGACACAAAAAUCAUUUAAACUUAAUCAUGAAUAUUUGAUAAUUGAAUUUAAUCUAAAACACUACGAUAAUAAUGAUGAUGAUAAUGUUGAUCAUGAUGGGGAGAAGCUUAGCAAUGUUUCUAAUCUAAAGCAUAAAAGCAAACAAGCGAGUUAAGAAUUGUAUUGUAUGUAUUUAGCAAUUGUAAUUUGUAAUGUAUUUAAUUGGGCGAAAGUGAAUUCAAACGCAAUCAGCAAUUAGAAACAACAAACGAUUGGCUCAACGGGAAUGUUAAAAAUACUAAUUUAAGUUUUGUUUAUUCAUACCUUUUUGUUAUCGAUUGAUUUAUUCAUAAUUUAGAAAGUAACGCAAACACUUGUUUCAUGGGCUGCUAAUUACUGAUAAGCGAAAUGAAAGCAAAAAUAUAUAUCAAAUAAGAGCAAAUUGAACACACGCAGAGACAUCAGCAAAGAGUUUCUCCACCAUAGAGUAUAUCGAGAGAUACUUACCCUAAAAUCGAAAGGUAUUCGCCUAGGGAAACCCCAAAAACCAACAACCUAUUAAUGUAUGUAUGUACUAGUCUAUACAUGAAGCAGCUGGACAGGUGUUUCGGCCAUCGGAGAGUAGGGAAAGAUAUCAGAUUAUCAGAUUAGCAGGUCCCCCAGAUGUAGGUUUUCCACUUCCUAAAGCGAUCUCACUAUAGGCACACGAGAAUGUUAUUGUUAUUCCGUUCUCGGAAAGAGAAGAUCACAAAUAAGUAAUGCUAAAGGCACAAUCAAUAUGUUGCAUGGGAUCAACUUAGAAAACUUUGAGAAUAACUAGCGAAAAAUACGAAAUUUAGCAGAGAGUGCGGGCUGAGAAUGGGGAACGGGGAAAAGUUGUGUGCACAUGGGUGACAUUUGCUUAAACCGCUUUAAAUAUAUAUAUACAUAUAUCUUUUAUUUUCGGGCCAUGGCGAAAACGAAUCAAAGCAAUAUCGACGGCCUGGACAAUGUGUACUUAGUAUAUCCCUGUUUUUGUUGCUGUUCAAUACCUUUACUACCACCCUUCACCUAAACCCACACCUAUAUCUCUAUUUAUAUAACUGAAUGAGCUUAAACUAUGGUAAAGCCUAAGCCUAAACCUAAACCUAUACGACUCCAACUACUUUAUAUGAGUGUAACCGUAUUGUUUUGAAAAAACAGCGUAACUAAACAAAUCUUAGUGGGAUAAUCAAUGAACUUGCAUAUGUAGGUAUAAUAUUAAAUUAAAUAAAUUCAACUGGCAUACCAACAGUCGAGAGGUGUUCAAAGCUAAAAGAAACUACAUAUAAAGAAACAGAAAAUAUCAUAAAUGUAAAAUUGCUACAAGUCGUUCAAAUUGUCAGCAAGAAGUAAUAAAACUAAAAUAUAUAAAAGUAUGUUUUUAAUCUUAAUUGGUGUCUAGUCUAUGUUCAAGACUUUAAAGCAACAAAUUCUUGGAAAUUUUCGAAACAAUAAGAACGUGAGGAAAGAGUUCAAGAAAAACAAAUAAAUAGUAACUAUAUAUCAAGCGAGUAAAAUUAUAGAAAUUAAUUAAGAUGCUGAAAGUGCUGGCCAUUUUCUUCCACAUACCAAUUACAACAACAACACACAGCACACACACACACGAGCCAAUACACCCACACACACACACACACACACACACACACACACACACAAAGGACACACACACAGGCACCCACAAGCCAUAAUGAAAAUAUUCAUCAAGCAAAGCUCAAAAAAAUAUUUAAAAAACGUUAAAAUCACCGAAUGACAAGCUCUUAACGCGCAAAUUUCAAAUUAAAGUCACUGAGGAAAGGAUACAUAAAAUAAAAAUAGUAAAGCCUAUUCGUAUUUUAACUGUUGUGUUGUAAUUAUGCAUAAAGCGUAUUUAAUUAUGUAUGUGUAACAAAAAUAAAAAUAAAAACAAAUACAAUCGAAAAGAAAAUGAAAACAAAAAAGAGUAUGUAUUAACAAAAGAAACAAAAAUAUUUGCAAAAAUUGAAAGUGUAGACACUGAAAAAAAAGGAAACACAAACUUGAUUUAAACUAAGCGCCGAAGAAGCUUGUGUAACACAUUUAAAAGCGAAUCAAAUUUAAAGUUUCCUGCUUUUGCCAUUAACAAAUAAAUUAUUAUGGUUUUCUUUAUCUUCAUUUAUUGAUGCCAAAACAUUGAUUUAAAUAACCAGCAGCUAAUAUAAUGGCAUAGAAAGUUUAUUUAUAAGAUGGAAGCGAUAAUGAUUAUUAAAAUAUGAAAGAAUCCAACUAACUUCAUAUUAAGAUGUCCUUGUUAUGUCGCAAAGCAUUCAUGAAAAUAAAAAGCAAAAAAUAAAAUAAAAACCAGAAAAAGCAAACAUGACGAAUGAAUACAAGUUUAAUAAAUGCGAUAAAACAAAAACUA